GAAGGUAAACAGUUUCAUAACAAAAACACAGAACAGACAUUAAAACAAAAUGGCGUGCGAAAAGAGACCUUUCCUGUGCGGGAUUCUUACCCUGGGUAUGCUAGCCCUCUUCUUCCAUCUGGUUGGCUUUGCAGCACCGGGUUGGCUGAUAAUGAGGCUGUCGUUUAUGGAGGAAAGCCGCCAGACGGCUAUGUUUCAAACUCAGAUAAUUGACCACGGAGGAGUGAAAGCCCCGGAAGAGCCAGAAAAUCCAUUAGAUAAAAUGAAGAAAUUGAGGAAGAGACGCAGUGAAGAGGAAGUUGAAAUCGUUGAAGAAGAAUUAAUCGAGGAGAACAAUAUUCUUGACCAGUGGAUAAUCGAAACAACGAUUCAGAUUAAAACGUUUGAGGUGAGCACCCACUACGGUCUCUGGUACUCCACCGUAUGUAUACAUGAGAAGACCCAUGACGGCAAACACGGAGACUCUAGCAGCAGUAGUGAAGAUGAUGAUGAUCAUAAGAAACACAAGAAGGGACACUGUCACUGCAGGAAAGUAUCCACCAAAUGUGCCCUGUAUAACUCUUUCAUCUACGAGGAUCCAAUCGAUUACAUCAACCCAGGACCCCCAUCUGAUCGUGUCCUCAGCAAUAAAAACUUUGGUUACGCCAGCUUGACGGAGCAUCGUGUAGAGAACUGCGUCGUCCUGGCCUUCCUUAUCCUUGGUUUGGUCUCUGCUAUUGGCGGGUUCCGUAAGGUCAAUGGGUGCAGAUGUGCUGGCGUUGCUUGUAUCCUGUUUAUGUUGGCAGCAGCUCUUAUCGCCAUUGUGCCAGUUUCACGUCUUGGUCACUACAGCGUGUUCAAACACGAUCAGAGAAUUCCAGUCAAGGUCCGAGCACCAUACUCUGCUAUAUCAUCCGGCAUUGGCGCCAUAUUUGCGUUGAUCACCGCCCUGGUUGCCUGCUUUGCUAUGAUGAGACGCGCACGCGCUGACAAACCCGGUAAAUGGUACCAGUUCAACAACGAACUCGAGCUGCCAAAUGAAACAGAAAAGAAACCCGCCCUCGUUUUCUUAACUGAUCCACUUCCGGAAAAGCCGGGGCUAGAGGAUGCUCUGAAUGAAGAGAAGAAAGAAGUUUUGGCGUAAUUUGACUGUAAAUUGUUUUUGUGAUAAGCAACAAAUCUAGUUUAUUUAAUUCAGAUAUAGUGUAUCUGUCUUUUUUGGAACAAUGUUAAUGUCCGAAUUUUAUACUACUUUCGUGACAAUCUUAAAUUUUACUAGUAUGUUUUGAAAGAAAAAGGAUGUUGCUUAAAGAGUUUUGCUUUUUUGUGAUUUGUUUCAGUGAAUUAACAUAGCUUAAUGUGGUGAAUUUCUUAUUUUCGUAAAAAAGUUAUUGUGAUAUAUACAUGUAUUUCUUCUUUAAUAUUUAGAAAUAUUCAGCACAGCUUAUUUUCCUCUUCUCUUAUAUAUAAAAGUAAUCUCACUCUUUACAUUAAUUGACCAAUUAUAAGCAGUAUGUAAUAAGGAACUACUUUUCCUCAUGUUUCACAAUAGAACACAAAAAAACUUAUAUUUUGCAUUCGUCUAUAUACGUCAUUAUAUAUAAACGUUUCUACUUCCUUUCAAUCGCAAGAAAGGUUCAAGUUUAAAUAUUAAACCGAGAGCUAAACAUAUUACACAUUUAAUUGUAUAGGCUUGCAGUGAUUUCAUUAAUCCACUUUGUAUAUGUAGUCAACUAAAAACAGAAAAAAUUCAAUGAAAAAUAAACUGUCCUUCAACACAAGUCACUGUAAUAAAUACAAAUGUACAUUAUAUUCGAAUAAUCAGGGAAAAAAGUUUAAAAUAGUAAGGGGUUUCGAAGAAAACUGAGAAAAAUGUUUUAAAUAGUAUAAGGAAAUUGAAUUAAUUAAUCAGUGUUUUUGUUGUUGUUGUUUUUGAUGAUGUCGUGAUUUCUGAAAUGACCUCUACACAUCUUGAAUAUAAGCUUAAUUUGUCCUUUUAUAACACGAUAGUUCAAUUAUAGAUAUGAUACUUAUUGAAAAGAAAUUUUGAAAAGUUUUUUAUUUUUAUCAUUUUAUAACAACUUGUAUGCUAUUAAUAAAAGGGAACCGGAAAUUUAACAUUUAUUUACUAUAAUACAGCGUUUGUUUAUUAUUCUGUUAUACUUUAAAUUAAUUAUAUGUUUAUUUUACUUUAAUACACUGAUAUAAUUAAUGUUUGUAAUAAAAGAUUCUUUGGAA